AUCAUUCCAGUUUGGCAACUUCACCUGCUGGACUGCUUUAAUUGAGCUACCAACCGUCCCCCAGUCACUCCUGGAAUACAGCGGCGAGAGGCAACAGCUUGCUAGGCGGACAACGAGGAUGCUGACCUUGAAGGACCAAGGUCCGCCCAGCACUCAGGCCUCCUCCAGCCAGUGCUGACCAGGGUCUUCUGACCUGCUGGCCAGCCGGGACCUGUGCUGGGAGGACCUCCUGCUGCCUUGGGGUGACAAUCGCAGCUCCAGGCUACACAGGAAGACGACCUGGACGACCACAGAGCCAGCAUGGAUCCUGACAGUGAUCAACCUCUGAACAGCCUCGAUGUCAACCCCCUGCGCAAAUCCCGUACCCCCAUGGAGACCUUCAGAAAGGUGGGGAUCCCCAUCAUCAUGGCACUGCUGAGCCUGGCGAGUAUCAUCAUUGUGAUUGUCCUCAUCAAGCUGAUUCUGGAUAAAUACUACUUCCUCUGCGGGCAGGCCCUCCACUUCAUCCCAAGAAGCCAGCUGUGUGACGGGGAACUGGACUGUCCCUUGGGGGAGGACGAGGAAUACUGUGUCAAGAGCUUCCCCGAGGGGCCUGCAGUGGCAGUCCGCCUCUCCAAGGACCGAUCCACCCUGCAGGUGCUGGACCCGGCCACAGGGAACUGGUUCUCUGCCUGUUUCGACAACUUCACAGAAGCUCUGGCCGAGACAGCCUGUAGACAGAUGGGCUACCGCAGCAAACCCUCUUUCAGAGCUGUGGAGAUUGGCCCAGACCAGGAUCUGGAUGUUGUUGAAAUAACAGAAAACAGCCAGGAGCUUCACGUGGGGAACUCAAGUGGGCCCUGUCUCUCAGGCUCCCUGGUCUCCCUGCACUGCCUUGCCUGUGGGGAAAGCCUGAAGACCCCCCGCGUGGUGGGUGGGGAGGAGGCCUCUGUGGAUUCUUGGCCUUGGCAGGUCAGCAUCCAGUACGACAAACAGCACGUCUGCGGAGGGAGCAUCCUGGACCCCCACUGGGUCCUCACGGCAGCUCACUGCUUCAGGAAACAUACCGAUGUGUUCAACUGGAAGGUGCGGGCCGGCUCAGACAAACUGGGCAACUUCCCAUCCCUGGCUGUGGCCAAGAUCAUCAUCAUUGAAUUCAACCCCAUGUACCCCAAAGACAAUGACAUUGCCCUCAUAAAGCUGCAGUUCCCACUCACUUUCUCAGGCACAGUCAGGCCCAUCUGCUUGCCCUUCUUUGAUGAGGAACUCACUCCAGCCACCCCUCUCUGGGUCAUUGGAUGGGGCUUUACAAAGCAGAAUGAAGGGAAGCUGUCUGACACACUGCAGCAGGCAUCAGUCCAGCUCAUUGACAGUACACGGUGCAAUGCAGACGAUGCGUACCAGGGGGAAGUGACCGAGAAGAUGAUGUGUGCAGGCAUCCCAGAAGGGGGUGUGGACACCUGCCAGGGUGACAGUGGUGGCCCCCUGAUGUACCAGGCUGACCAGUGGCAGGUGGUGGGCAUCAGCAGCUGGGGCUAUGGCUGCGGGGGCCCGAGCACUCCAGGAGUGUACACCAAGGUCUCAGCCUACCUCAGCUGGAUCUACAAUGUCCGGAAGGCUGAGCUGUAAUGCUGCUACCCCUCGGCAGUGCUGGGAGCUGCUUCCUUCCUGCCCUGCCCACCUGGAGACCCCCCAAAGUCAGACACAGAGCAAGAGCUCCCUUGGGUACACCCCUCUGCCCACAGCUGCAGCAUUUCUUGGAGCAACAGAGGGCCUCAAUUCCUUUGAGGAAGAGAUCCCCACAGCCCAGAGGCACCCAGGGGAAGUCAGCAACCUAGCUCAGCCACGCUUGGUACUUCCAGCAUCCCAGAGAGAGACGCAGCCCACUGAACAAUCCAGCCUGCAAGCCAAGGUCUCAUGGGUAUUGUGACAAGGCACUUUCCCACACUACUUACUGAAUGGAAGCAAGCUGUCUUAUGAGAGCCCAGAUCACUGUGGGCUGGAGAGGAGGAGGAAAGGGUUUGUGCCAGCCCUGUCAUUCUUCACCCAUCCCCAAGCCUACUGGAACAAGAACCCAGUUGUAGAAAACGCACUGCCCUACUGUUGGUGUGACUAUUACCUCCUGUUGCUAUUGUUCUUACAGCUAUGGCCACUAUUAUUAAAGAGCUGUGUGACACCUCUGGCAUAGGCUAGCUGGAAUGCUUGAUAAGAAC